AUGAUCGAAGGCAUGACAAAGGUGUAUGAUGAAGAAAAGAGGGUCGAUAGUGAAGAACAGGCCGAAAACUUGUCUGCUGUUUCUUCCCUGAAGUGCUCAUCCUUCGACUUGAAUGAAGAAGCUAGAAGCGAAGAGGAAUAUUAUUCUUAUAAUAAUAAUAAUAAUAGUAUUGGCAAGGAAGGUGAAGUUAGUGUUGAAGAGGAUGAGAAGAGAACUGAAGGGACUUCCAGCAAUAACAAUGGGGGAGAGGAAGGCAAUGAUAGAAGAACAGUAAGGCAAUAUGUUAGGUCAAAAUUGCCUCGGCUUCGGUGGACUCCUGAUCUCCAUCUCUCUUUCGUGCAUGCAGUUGAAAGGCUUGGUGGGCAAGAGAGAGCAACUCCUAAGUUAGUUCUUCAAUUGAUGAAUGUGAGGGGACUUAACAUUGCCCAUGUAAAAAGUCACUUGCAGAUGUACAGAAGUAAGAAGCUUGAUGAGUCUGGACAAGUUCUAUGUCAAACUAAUAGAGCAAUUCAAGGAAGGGAUGAAUUCCGGAGCAUGUUGCACCAUCAAGCUGUUACCUCCUAUCCUCAUCAACAUUUCAGAAUGGAAAAUGGUGGAAUUGUCUUAGCCAGAGAAUCUUUUGAAAACAACAUCACUCGAACUCGUUUCCAAUCUCCCCUCUUCCAACGACCAUUAGAUUUCAAAGCUAGCUUUCCAAGGAGCCCAUUAUUACAAAAUCCUUUCAUAAGCAAAGCUCGUGGACAAGAAAAUGGUUUCCCAAAAUCAGCUGCCUUUUACAACCAAGGACAGUCAAACCAAACUCGUGGAAUGGUUACAACCAUGGGACUUGGGCCCAUCAGGUCAGGUCGAUUUCUUGAAGAGAAAAGGUGGCAUCCUUUUGAAAUGAUUAGUAAUAGAUGGAACGUUAAUGGAAAUAUGACCAAGGACACAUUUGCCAAUACCUGCUCGCAAUCUCAGUUACAUUAUUUUUGCAAAAGACCAAGCUCAGAUGGGGGAGGCUACUCCAUAAGGCCAACCGAAGGGAACCUUCGAAACAAGAAGAUGCUGGGGCAAUUUGUUUCAGACAAGCACGAUUCCUUGAUCAACUUCAAGAGCUGUGGAACAGAGUUUGAGGAGCUGAACCAAGAUAAACUGCCGAAGGACAGGGAAUGGUUGCCUGAUUUGCAGUUAAGACUAAGCCAAAGAUUUGGAACUGAUGAUGAGAAGAUCCAUUGUAAAGGCAGGCAAGAAAUUAGCACCCAGCUUUCACUUUCCUAGCUAGCCUUCAAUAUAUUUAUCCAGGAUAAAAUCCACAACUAAGCAAAAAGAUUCAGAAGAAUUGUCCAAAAUGAAGAUCUUGGUCUACAUACACAAAUUAAUUAUAUGUUGCAACGAGGCCGAAUGAGGCUGAGUGCU